AGUAGUCGGAGUGUCCCCCAAAACAACGUACAGUGUAUGGUCGCGUGUGCUUACAAAAUAGAAGAUUAAGCCCAUCCACGAGCGUCUACAGCAAGAUCCCGUUAUCAACGAGACCCUGCUUCCUGUUAUCAGCAGUAGAAAGCGAUGCAACUGUAGCCGUCAAGGGCGCAGGGCAUCAAUCUGUCUGCCCGCAGUCGUCCGUCAGCAUUCGGUUAUGAAUGUGAGUUUGCGUGUGCCAGGUCAAUUGCGUGACUUAUUGCCAUCAGGACUGCCACAGUCCGUGACGAAAUCCAAUGGAGAGUCAUCGUAGGUGCGCACAAACAAUGUCAUCUGAUGAAGAUUCAUGCACCCGGUCGGGGUUUCCAAUUGCCUGCCAGGGCGUGUAUAAGCGGGACUACGACACAAGACCGCAGCCCCAAUGGCCAGAACCUUCAAUGGUAGCAGCUUCUCGGGUAAAGGAGCACGCAGGAGAGCGCAUGCGUCCAGCAAGUACCACAGUCAACCAGUGGGGCUGGACACCACUGGAAGUGGAGACUUCGAUUCUGGUAAGAUUUUCCUCGAUGGUCUCUUAA